UUUUUCAUUCUCUAUAUUUAUCGAUAAUUUAUUUACAUUGCUUACACCCAGUUUCUCGAAUCAUCAACUCGGUGCUUUUCGCUCUUACUCGGUUCCACCGAAUCAGAUGGCUUUUGCUUAUUAUUCGAUCGCAGUUCCGUUCGGUGCUUCAAAGCGUACCCAAAUUUCAAUUCCCCCUUCUUUUUGUUCUACUGAAUCUUCUUCUUCCUUAGCUUUCACUUCUUCGCGUUCUUCCCCUUUUCCUCUCUUGUCUAUUUUCCCCAGAAUUAACAGGAUCGGACUCAAAGCAAAGGCUGAGCCUCAGGAAUCUGAAGUGAAUUUAGCAGCUGAACCAUUUACUCAAUUCAAACAUCUGCUUCUUCCAAUAACUGACAGUAAUCCUUAUCUUUCCGAGGGAACAAGACAGGCAGCAACUACUGCUGCUUUGGCAAAGAAGAAUGGGGCUGACAUUACUGUUGUGGGUAUGUUCUCUGUCAUAUGCCAAUUCCAGUUUGUAUGUAUUAUUAAAGGACAUAUAUGCUUGAACGUAGUAAAGAAUGAUGAAGCUAAUUCGACAACUACCUCCCUAAUAACAUUCUUUCGAACUUUUUCUUAA